AUGGCCCAAAGAGUGCGGCAUUUUCUUUGGUUGGCUCUUAGGGACCGUUUAUUUACCAAUAUGGAACAGGUUCGUCGACAUAUGGCUGAGGAUGACGCAUGUGAUUUUUGUGGUCAACCCGAGUGGACGAUUCAUGUGUUGCGAGACUGUGAAAGGGCGCAUAACGUGUGGCUGAGGCUUGUCCCAAGCUCGUGCCGGCGAAGCUUCUUCUCCGAGGAUGUGACAGCGUGGAUGUGGUCAAAUGUGAUGGAGCAUGCUGCUGUUGGGCUUGAGCAAUGGGAUACCACGUUUCCAAUCGUAUGCUGGCGGCUAUGGGCUUGGCGGAACAUGGCCAUAUUUUCGAAUAAGGUCAUUCCUAUUGAGACGCAGAUUGCGGAUAUUAAAGGGUCAUCUGCUCAGCCGCCCUCUACCGUCGGUCCGCCGCCUGCACAUACCGUUCGGCCGCCCGCACACGCUGGUCCCGCCGCCGUCGACUUACUUCUCCGCCGCCGUUUUACCUGUUCCCCGACCUCCUCCGUCAUCUCCUCAGCCUCGCCGGAGAUGGACACCGCACAACCACGGCUCGACAUAACACCAUUUAAAAUCUCUGCCCUAUGGUGGCGAAAACGUCAUCAGUGGAACGACCUGACCGAGAUGAAAUUAGCCACCGCUUAA